CUACAAUAGAUCCCUCUAAACUAUAGCUAUAAUUAUAUAGAGACAUCUAUUUUUUAAGGGUGAGUAUCAUAUGACUUGACAGUGAGAAAUUGCAACAAAUCAGUAUGAGAUCUUCAAUAUUUAGUAAUGAUCCUCCGGGCUUAUCGUCCAGAAAGUCUAAAGGAUAUAAGAAAUCUAAAGGGUCGAGUCCCUAUAUAAGUUCACCAAUUACUCCCCAAUUAAGUACUAGAACUACUAAUAGUGAAGUAUCUACACCAUUACUUGAUUCUUCAUUAAAUAGUUCAAUAAAUACUUCUAAUCUACUCAAUAGUCAAAGACCUAAGAAACUAUCAUGGAAUCUAGAUGAACUUAUUUCAAGUUAUAAUGAUAGUGGAGUUCUCCCACCAAUACUAUCUCCCACCUUACCUGAAUUGAUUCUAACACCUCCGCAAAGUCAUGAUUCAGAAUCUGUAUCUAAAAGUACCAUAGUAUCACCCAAUCCCAAGCAUCCUAUGAAAAAGAGAUUACUUAUAGAUGAUGAUGAUGAUGAUAAUAAUAAUAAUAAUAAUAAUAAUAAUAAUAAUACUGUUCAACAUAAUCAUAAUCCUCAUGAAGAAAUGGUUGGUAAUACCAAACAUCAGAACUCGGAUCACGAUGAAGAUGUACCAUUAUCUAUGUUAUCACCUACAUUACCAUCUAUGUUUGAUAGUAGAACUAGUUCUAGUUCUACUUCUACAGUAAAUAUAUCAAAUAAACCAAAGACUCCCAAAGUAUUACCAUUGGUUCGGUCAGUAAAUAAACUUCAUGACCCUAUAAAACCAAAAUACUUUGUUCGAUUUAAUUUCCGUAAUAAGGAAAAAUAUAGAACAAUAUUCACAAUUCGAAAAUCAACAGAAACUCCUAAGGCUACAGGUUUAGGUAUAACCACAUUAGAUGGAGAGAAUAUUGAGAGAUUAACUGAAUUAAAAGCACUUGAACUAGAAAAUAAGAAGAUGGUAGAUCUUGCUAAGGAAUUGUCUGAAAAGCAGGCUAAAUUAGACAAAAAACAGUUAGAAUUCAAUAAUAUCGAUAAACAAUUAAAGGAAAAGGAAAAGCUACUAGAAUUUCAAAUCAAUGAAAAGAAGAGUAUGAUUAAAGAAAUAGAAGAAAGAGAUUCCAAAUUAAAAAAUCUUGAAAAAUCAUUAAAGGCAAAGGAAUUAGAGCUUGAGAAACAGAAACAAGAAUUAAAACUUCAAAAACAAACCGUACAAUCAUUACCCAAUAAUGAAUUACAAGAGAAGAUUGAAAAAUUGAAACAAUUAAAUAAUGAUGUUAUAACUAAAGAAUCUUCACAAACUCCUGAAGAACCAAUAAAGCUUAGUAUUGAAGAACAACAAAUUAAUAAUAUGCCUAAAUCUAAAAGAGAUGAAAUUAAUAGUACCUUACAAUCCAAGAAAAAUAGUUGGUUACUGAUAUAUAAAGAUUCUAAGGCAUAUUCUGAACGUUAUGCAGGAACUGAUAAACUUAUAACAGUAUUUUGUCAAAUAGAUGGGAUUCUCCUGAAGAUUGUAGCUUAUGAUUAUGAUGAACGAUCUAAAUUAGUUACCGGAGUUUUACCAAGUGAAAGAUCUUGGAAACUUUUAGAUCAAGAAACUGGUGAAUUAAUUAUAAAUAUUAGUAAAUGGACAAAAGAUAUUCAAGAUAUUAUGCUUAAUGGAUUUUUUAGAAUUAUUACUUGUGUUUUAUAUCAAACAAGAGCAUUAAUUGUUAAACGAAUUAAUUCAAUAUUAACUAAAGUAAUUCAACUGUAUAUAAGAAAAAGAAGUGAAAGUCAAGAAUUAAAUGAUAAAAUAAUUGAAUUACAACAAUCAUCAAUUUUAAAUAAUGAUAUUAUUGCUACUAUGUUUUUAAAUUCUCGUCCUGAUUAUUUAAAUAUUAGUAUUCCUAAUAAAUUUGCUGGGACUUGGUCAAAGAGAAAUACUAAUAUAGAAACUGUACAAAAGGAAUAUAAUCUUUAUGAUUUUAAUAAGAAUUUAAGACCAAUUUAUCAACAAUAUUAUUUACCAUUAGGAUCUUAUUCAAAUAUAACCGAAAUGAGUGGAUUUUUAUUUAAUGUGGUCAAUGAAUUUAUUGAAGUUUACAAUAAGCAUAAUCCAAAUAAUAGAAUAGACUAUAGUUCAUUUUGUAUAAACAAUUAAAUUAUGUAUGAAUACAUAUAAUUCAAGGUGAUGCCGUCAUUGAUGGCAGUGACUUUGAUGGAAGAUAUUUAUCUUUAUAUAUCCAACUAUUCCCAAUAGAUUUUACGCCAAAGAUUUCUCCAAGUCGUAGCCAAGCAGCAGCUUGAUAAAGAUCUUUUUUAUGAUUCUUAGUUUUAUUAGACCAUAUUUCUCCUAAAAG